CGGAAGUGACGCAGAAGGGCGCUCUCUAAACGUUCUAGAGGGUGACGGCUUGUAGCUGUGGUGGUGCCUGUAACACCGGCAGUGGACUAUGCCGGAGUGUAGUUCACCUCUGCAGCAUACUGGACCGGAGCACUGCGGAACCUAGCGGAGACAUCAUGGAACGAAGAAAUUUGAUACGAGUUGGCACACGGAAGAGCCAGCUGGCACGUAUCCAGACAGACAGCAUAGUAGAAAUGCUGAUCAACAAGUUCCCUGAUGCUCACUUUGAGAUUGUUGCCAUGUCAACGACAGGAGACAAGAUUUUAGAUACUGCGUUAUCUAAGAUAGGUGAAAAGAGUCUAUUUACAAAGGAACUGGAGAAUGCUCUAGAGAGAAAUGAGGUUGAUCUUGUUGUUCAUUCACUUAAAGAUUUACCAACAACUCUACCUCUUGGCUUCACAAUUGGAGCUGUAUGCAAGCGUGAAAGUCCGUAUGAUGCAGUUGUUCUUCAUCCUAAGAAUGUAGGACAUACAUUGGAGAGUUUGCCCAAAAAUAGUACCAUCGGAACAAGCUCUCUUCGUAGAGCAGCUCAGCUGAAGAAACAGUACCCUCAUUUAGAGUUCAAAGAUAUUCGGGGUAAUUUAAAUACUCGUUUGAAGAAGCUGGAUGAACAAAAUGAUUUCAGUGCAAUUAUUUUGGCUGCUGCUGGUCUCCAUCGCAUGGGCUGGGAGAAAAGAAUUGAUCAGAUCCUGUUACCUGAGCAAUGUUUGUAUGCUGUGGGUCAGGGUGCAUUAGCUGUAGAGGUUAGAGCCAAAGACCAGGACAUUUUGAUUAUGGUGUCUGCCUUACAGGACCCACCGACUGUGUUGCGCUGCAUAGCUGAAAGAGCAUUCAUGAAAAGACUGGAGGGUGGUUGCAGUGUGCCAGUAGCAGUAUCCACAGUAAUCAAGGAUUCUCAGCUGUAUCUUACUGGAGCCGUUUACAGCCUUGAUGGAUCAGACUGCCUAAAGGAGACAAUGCAGAGAACUGUGGUGUUUCCAGAUGAGGAGGUCGAUGGACCAAAUGACGAUAGUCAGCACGUAGGAAUUACAGCACUUGGUGUACCACGUAAAGCCUUGGAGUCAGCCGAAUAUUUAGGAACAGAACUAGCAGACCUGUUGCUGAGCAAAGGGGCUAAAGAGAUUCUGACUGUAGCAAGACAGCUAAAUGAUGCCAGAUAAUACUCAACAUAGAAUAUAUCUUUUGCAAAACAAUUAAACAUAAGUCAUUAGCUUUUUUCGGUUUUCUUACUAUUACUGUUUGAUCGCAUUCAUAUUAGGCUUCCACUCUCUGGCAGACAGGACUAAACCGCCUACUGACAUAUCAUUGCGGGAUCUGUGCCAUACCCCAUCUAUUUGAAUGAGCUGACUGAGGAAGGCAGCAAUUGCCAAAAUGCUUCCUAUACCUGUACUAUUGACAUCUUGAACAUGGAACAAUAAACUUCAUCUUAUUUAGCAGUAUUGGUGAGUGCGGAGUCUACUUUCAACGUAGUCAGCCAGUAACUCCGGUCUGGUCCUUUUUCUGACGGUAUCUGUUUUUUUCACUGGGUGGAAAAGCAUGGUCUGGUGCAGUCACUAGCUGAUUCUGUUUGGCUCAUUGAAAUGAAUGGGGUCAUUGAAAUUCUCCCACCAGAUCCAGCUGCCAGAGUGUGGAAAUGUAAUUCCAUUAAAUUAUAGAACUUAAAGGAAAAUUGUCAGUAAAGUCCCCCGCACUAACCAGAGUUACUGGCUGGUAGUGCAGGGAACACAGAUUAAUUUGCUGUUUACUAUGCCCGGAUCCGUCCUGUCACUCGCCCUUUAUCUUAGUUUUUGCAGAUAUGCUAAUGAGCUGCUAACUGGCAUGGGUGGGGUUACAAGCACAUUUGGGUACUCUGACAUCGCCGUCGCACCGCCCAACUUAU